AUGCACGACGCAGAGAUUGAAAUGGAAGCCAUGAAUGGUGCAAAUGCCAAGAUCAACAUUGCAUCGCGUUCAUCACGGUCAGAUCACGAGUCUGUGAAGUGCCUACAUUGGAUCAAUUCACAAGGCAUGGACUGUCGAGCUCAAGAUAGGCAGUGUCAGACACCAAUCCACAGGGCGGGUGAUCACUGUUCUGCAAAGUUCUGCUGCGAGACAUCUGCUGAUAUCAUCGACAGCAAAUGCGACGCAUGGGUGCAUGCCAAAGACAUAGACUGUACCAUGAACACACAAGAUUGCUAUAUAUACACUGAUGGCUACCCGGGACGAUACGAGUGUUCAGUGCAACGAUGCUGCGACGGGCCUCCACCAGCCCAACCCAAAAAGUGCGGGGAAUGGGCACAGAAAGAAAACGUCAGAUGUGAUGUCAAAAAGGAGCAAAUGUGUCACUCACACGGUCUCAUGGGAUAUGGCAAGUGCUCGGACGAGGUUUGCUGUUACCAAGAACCAACAGAUCCGGUGGUGUGGUGUGAUGAGUGGGUAGAAGAUAACAACCACCAAUGCGAGCCAAGAGAUGAUGAAUGCUUUACGGAGCAUUCAUAUAAGGGUGAUCGCCCAGACAGGGAUGAUAACUCUAACCCAAAUCGCAGACGUGCCGCCGGAGAGCGUACGAGACGGUCGAAUGCUGAGGAGAUAAAGCAAUGCUCAAAGGACCACUGCUGUCUGCCACCUCAGAAGAUCAUCAAGUGCAAGCAAUGGGCCGAUGAGGGAAACGUGCACUGUGACACGAACGAGCAAAAAGAGUGCGCUGUCAAAGAUGGACAUCACCGAUACAACUACGCACACACCGAGGGCACAGAGGAUUGUUCUGAACACGUGUGCUGCAAGAGAGCCGAACCUUCCCCUUCGCCUGUACCUGUUAUCAAGACAUGCAAACACUGGGUGGACAAAAAUAUCGUAGCAUGCACGCCCAAAGACAAGAGGUGCACCUACGAGGGCUAUGCAGGCGAGUAUGCCAUGUGCUCCAAGAAACAGUGCUGCGAGAGCAAGAAGCUUAAGCCGCCUCAGCCUCAGCCUCAGCUUCCGCAGCCACCAAGACCGAAUCCACCUCAGCCAUACCCUCCUGCAUUGCCUGAGAACGAGUACGUGAUGAAAUGUCGAGAGCAGGUGUCGGCUCAUGAGUGCACCAGGUCCGGUCAGUCUUGGCUGAAAUUGAACAGAAUCACAUUCGAUGACUCAUAA